CCCCUAAAGUCUCAAUUAAAAAAAAAAAUAGUUUCAUGAUAUCUAUUAUUCGCCCCGCCGCUAGAUCUUUGAAAACCGGUACGGCCCUCACCUCCCCAGCUACGGCCCGUGUUUUGAUCUGAGAAUAUAAAACGAGACACCGAAGGUGGAUGACCGGGAAAGAAAGAGGGGGAAAAAAAAGCAGAGAGAGGGAAGCGAACGUUACAUUUUCUGUUGAAAAAGUAAAAAGCGGAAUAACGGGUACAAACCUCCGCUUUUCUUCAUAGAAUUCCCUCCCCUUCCAAUUUCCCUCUCCAUUUCCCACUCUAAAAUAAAUUUCAUCCACACGCAUUCAAAGCAAUAUUAACAAAACCAGAAUCACUCUUCUUCUUUUCGGAUACUGAUUCCGUUCCUUCUCAUGAGCUCCGAGACUCCAUCCUCCGUCGCCGACACUUCCACGGCUGGAAUUUCUUCGUCACCUUCGUCGUCUUCGACGGCAGGCAAGCAGAAGGAGAAGGCGAGAGUGAGCAGGACGUCUUUGAUACUGUGGCACGCCCAUCAAAACGACGCCGCUGCCGUCCGGAAGCUUCUAGAGGAAGAUCCAUCUCUCGUUAGUGCUAGGGAUUACGAUAAACGGACUCCUCUCCACGUGGCAUCUCUCCAUGGAUGGAUCGAUGUCGCUAUGUGCUUGAUUGAGUUUGGCGCCGAUGUCAACGCCCAAGAUCGCUGGAAAAACACGCCACUAGCUGAUGCAGAAGGAGCUAAAAAGCACAGCAUGAUUGAACUUUUAAAAUCAUACGGUGGCUUGUCAUAUGGACAAAAUGGAAGCCAUUUUGAACCAAAGCCUGUUCCGCCCCCUCUACCAAAUAAGUGUGACUGGGAAAUUGAACCUUCUGAGCUGGACUUCUCUAACUCAAACAUUAUUGGAAAGGGAUCUUUUGGUGAGAUUUUGAAAGCAUCUUGGCGUGGAACACCGGUAGCUGUUAAACGCAUUCUUCCAUCCCUCUCAGAUGAUAGAUUGGUGAUUCAGGACUUCAGGCAUGAGGUUAAUUUGCUAGUCAAGCUUCGUCAUCCUAAUAUAGUCCAAUUUCUGGGAGCAGUCACUGAGAGGAAGCCUCUUAUGUUAAUUACUGAAUAUCUGCGAGGGGGUGAUCUUCAUCAGUACCUCAAGGAAAAGGGCGCGCUAAGUCCAUCAACAGCCAUAAACUUUGCGCUGGACAUUGCCAGAGGCAUGGCAUGUCUUCACAAUGAACCAAAUGUCAUUGUUCACAGAGACCUAAAACCAAGGAAUGUUCUUUUAGUCAACUCCAAUGCAGACCAUUUGAAAGUUGGAGAUUUUGGUCUAAGCAAGCUCAUCAAGGUUCAAAACUCUCAUGAUGUGUACAAAAUGACUGGCGAGACAGGAAGUUACCGGUAUAUGGCUCCUGAAGUUUUCAAGCACCGGAAAUAUGAUAAAAAAGUAGAUGUUUUCUCCUUCGCAAUGAUACUAUAUGAGAUGCUUGAAGGGGAGCCGCCUUUUUCAAAUUUUGAGCCUUAUGAAGCAGCCAAGUACGUGGCAGAAGGGCAUAGACCGACAUUUCGUUCGAAAGGAUUCAAUGUCUUCGAACUCAGAGAAUUGACAGAUCAAUGUUGGGCCGCUGACAUGAAUAGAAGACCUACUUUCUUGGAAAUUCUUAAGAGACUUGAAAAGAUCAAAGAAAACUUACCGACAGAUCAUCACUGGCAUAUAUUCAGUCCAUGAACGAGGAGCACGAUGAGAAGGUAAAAUAUUCUGGCCUCCUACCAUUCCUGCCAAUCAUAUUCUGUACUCAUGAUUUGCGCCAGUGUUGUGUAUAGAUUUUGCUAAGAAGCCAUGAGAAUCAGCGAUAUUACGUGUCCAGAGAUUUUUAAAGCUUCUAGGUUGUAUUUCUUGUGCAAGUUGUAAAUGCUAGACUACGUUAUUGCAUUGAAAUUCAUAUUCUUUUGGUGGAUUAAUUAUGGUUUAGUAGGUUAACUUGAUUUUUUGGUGUGAACCAGCUAAAAGAAUCUCAUGAAA